AAAUGGGGAAAAGAAUACGUCUGCGCAAAGCCAGCUUUUAGUCACCCGGACUUUAUUUGUUGAGGGACAGGUGGCGACACGGCGUUUCUGAAUCUGCUCUUCAGUCUCUGUCGGCUCCGCCCUACGCUUACAUCCGGGCGACUGCCACUGCGCGGAUAGCCGCCCUGGUGGAGGGCAGCAAAAAACGAGGUGAGGAUUGGUAGUAGCCUCGUAAAGGUUAAAGCCUGUGUAUUUUGUGAAUGAUGAAAACACAGAUAGGGUUAAAAUAUUCCACAGCGCCAGCUCAAGCAUCCAGCUGACAAACCGUGGCUACUCCAUAUCAGACCCUCCGCUCCGCCUCCUAGCUAUCAUUGGUCAAAAGCUCCGCCCGGCAGCCCUGAGAUUGGCCAGAGGACGGUUUGCCGUGUCCAAUUGGCUGCAGCGCCGGCUUUCCCGCGGAGGUUCGCUAUUCGAAUGGGUUGCGGCGGCGGCGGCGGCGGCGGCGGCGGCAGUUGAGCGUGUAACGGUCGCCCGGCCCUGGCGCGACGAUGGCGGCCUUGGGGACCGGAGGCUACGUGCGGAACGAUGCAGUCGAGAAGCUGCCAACCAUCAUGGCGGGAGUUCCGGCGCGGAGGGCCCAGUCGUCCCCGCCCCCUGCUCCACCGCUCUGCCUACGGCGGCGGACGCGACUCACAGCGGCGCCAGAGGACGCGGUGCAGAACCGGGUAUCCCUUGAGAAGGUACUUGGCAUCACAGCCCAGAACAGCAGUGGCCUAACCUGUGACCCCGGCACAGGCCACGUGGCCUACCUAGCAGGUUGUGUGGUGGUGAUUUUGAACCCUAAGGAGAACAAGCAGCAGCACAUUUUGAAUACUGCCAGGAAGUCUCUGAGUGCUCUGGCCUUCUCCCCUGAUGGGAAGUACAUAGUGACGGGGGAGAAUGGGCACAGGCCGGCUGUGCGCAUCUGGGACGUCGAAGAGAAGAAUCAGGUGGCGGAGAUGCUGGGCCACAAGUACGGCGUGGCCUGCGUGGCCUUCUCCCCCAACAUGAAGCACAUUGUGUCCAUGGGCUACCAGCACGACAUGGUGCUCAACGUCUGGGACUGGAAGAAAGACAUCGUGGUGGCAUCCAACAAGGUAUCCUGCAGGGUCAUCGCGCUCUCCUUCUCAGAGGACAGCAGCUAUUUUGUCACUGUCGGGAACCGGCAUGUGAGGUUCUGGUUCUUGGAAGUAUCCACCGAAGCUAAGGUGAUGGGCACGGUGCCCCUCGUGGGGCGCUCAGGCAUCCUGGGUGAGCUGCAUGACAACGUCUUCUGUGGUGUGGCGUGUGGCCGGGGCCAAAUGGCAGGCAGUACCUUCUGUGUGUCCUACUCGGGCCUCCUCUGCCAGUUCAACGAGAAGAGGGUGCUGGAGAAGUGGAUCAACCUGAAGGUCUCCUUGUCUUCCUGCCUCUGUGUCAGCCAGGAGCUCAUUUUCUGUGGCUGCACAGAUGGGAUAGUCCGCAUCUUCCAAGCCCACAGCCUGCACUACCUCGCCAAUCUGCCCAAGCCACACUACCUCGGGGUGGAUGUGGCCCAGGGGCUGGAGCCCAGCUUCCUCUUCCGUAGGAAGGCGGAAGCUGUCUACCCGGAUACAGUGGCUCUGACCUUCGACCCCAACCACCAGUGGCUCUCCUGCGUGUAUAAGGACCACAGCAUCUACAUCUGGGAUGUCAAAGACAUCAACAAAAUAGGCAAGAUGUGGUCGGAGCUCUUCCACAGCUCCUACGUCUGGAACGUGGAGGUAUAUCCUGAGUUUGAAGAUCAGAGAGCUUGUCUGCCAUCAGGAUCUUUUCUGACUUGUUCCUCAGACAAUACCAUCCGCUUCUGGAACCUGGACAGCAACCCCGACUCUCACUGGCAGAAGAACAUCUUCAGUGACACCCUGCUGAAGGUCGUGUACGUGGAGAGUGACAUCCAGCACCUGCAGGACAUGUCACACUUUCCAGACCGAGGGAGUGAGAAUGGGAUGGCUGUGGACAUGAAAGCUGGGGUGCGAGUCAUGCAGGUCAGUCCUGAUGGCCAGCACUUGGCUUCAGGAGACCGAAGUGGAAAUCUGAGGAUCCACGAGCUGCACUUCAUGGACGAGCUGGUCAGGGUGGAGGCCCAUGAUGCUGAGGUGCUGUGCCUGGAGUACUCCAAGCCUGAGACAGGGCUGACCUUGCUGGCCUCGGCCAGUCGAGACCGACUGAUCCAUGUGCUGAACGUGGAGAAGAACUACAGCCUGGAGCAGACCCUGGAUGACCACUCCUCCUCCAUCACGGCCGUCAAGUUUACUGGCAGCAGAGACAUCCAGAUGAUCAGCUGUGGCGCCGACAAGAGCAUCUACUUCCGCAGUGCCCAGCAGGCCUCGGAUGGACUGCACUUCGUCCGUACCCACCACGUGGCAGAGAAGACCACCCUGUAUGACAUGGACAUUGACAUUACCCAGAAGUACGUGGCCGUGGCCUGCCAGGACCGCAACGUCAGAGUCUACAACACCGUGAACGGGAAGCAGAAGAAGUGUUACAAGGGCUCCCAGGGAGACGAAGGGUCCCUGUUGAAGGUCCAUGUGGACCCUUCAGGCACCUUCCUGGCCACAAGCUGCUCUGACAAAAGCAUCUCCGUGAUUGACUUUUACUCAGGCGAGUGCGUUGCCAAGAUGUUUGGCCAUUCAGAAAUCAUCACGGGCAUGAAGUUCACCUACGAUUGUCGUCACUUGAUCACAGUUUCUGGAGACAGCUGCGUGUUCAUCUGGCACCUGGGCCCGGAGAUCACCAACUGCAUGAAGCAGCACUUACUGGAGAUCGACCAACGGGAGCAGCCGCAGCAGAACACGAAGGACGGGAAGUGGAGCAGCGACCCCAGGCAAGAAACGUGCACAUCCAUGCCCAGCGAGAUCUGCUCUCUAAGCCCUGGAGAACAGACAGAGGAUGAGCUGGAGGAAGAGUGUGAACCUGAAGAGUUGCUGAAGACACCAUCCAAAGAGAGCUUGGAUUCAGAUCCUCGGUGCCUGUUGACCAACGGCAAGCUGCCACUCUGGGCAAAGCGGCUGCUCGGAGACGACGAUGUGGCAGACGGCUCAGCCUUCCAUGCCAAGCGCAGCUACCAGCCACACGGCCGCUGGGCGGAGCGGGCUGACCAGGAGCCUCUCAAGACCAUCCUGGACGCCCGGGACCUGGAUUGCUACUUUACCCCCAUGAAGCCCGAGAGCCUGGAGGAUUCCAUUCUGGAUGCGGUGGAGUCGCAGAAACUGGCGGGCCUGCUGAGCCAGUCAGAGAGUCCCCAAGAGGAUGGCUGUGGGCAUCCUUCCUUAACGCCCCCACAGAGGGAGUCUUCUGAGGUCAGUGAGCUCCUCUGCUCCCUGGAGUCAGAGGUGACAAUCACAAGGACAGACAGCAAGCCCUGCGCUGAGGAGGGAGAGGGGGCGCCUGGGGACCAGCAAGAUGACUUCUACCUCCGGGUUCCUUCCAUCAGCUCCAAGGACCUGAACCCCCCUGAGGACUCAGGGGAGUCAGAGGCCGACUUAGAGUGCAGCUUCACCGCCGUCCACUCCCCUCCACGGCCAGACCCAGACCUUCCGUUUGACGUGGCGGUGCCCCCGGCACCAGGAUGCCCAGGUGCCACGGAAGAAUUGGCCCGGCCCGAGGUGCCAGGCCUCUCCAACGGCUCCCUGCCCCAGACCCCUGAGCAGGAGAAGUUCCUCCGCCACCACUUCGAGACGCUUACUGAUGCCCCCGCUGAGGAGCUCUUCCACGGAUCCCUGAGAGACCUGAAGGCCUCUGAGGCCAAGGAUGACUUCUUCAAUCCCCGGCUGAGCAUCUCAGCACAGUUCCUCUCACGCUUCCAGAAGCCCUCCAGGUUCACCCACACCUUCCCUACCCGGCUGCCCCGACACCCCGUGAAGUCCCCAGAGGUCAAACUCACGGACCUUGUGGGCAGCCAGCCCAGAGCAGAGCCCCUGAGAGCGGGAACCGGCUAUACCUCCCCAGGCAGGACCAAUGUCCUCUCUGCGGGCAAGGCUGAGGAGCCCCUCGAAGCCUGGUCCCCACUGACCCCCUGCCUCACAGGCCUGGCGCCCUGUGUCUCCUCCUCCUCGGUGCCACCCACAGAUAAGACGCCUCCGACGCCCACAGCCCUACCCACUCCAGGCCUGGCUCAGGGUGUCCACACCCCUGCUACCUCCUCCUAUGUGGAGGCCACUGCCGGUUCCCGGGCCAAGAUGUCACACAGCAUUUCCCUUGAGGACAGUAAAGGCCCUGUCCUGGCUGAGCUGGCCAGGCCUCCCUGCAGGCCCUCGUCCUUGGGGGAGCUGUCCUCCCUGGGCCAGGAGCUCCGAGCCAUCACCACCACAGUGACACCCAGCUCUGACAGUGAGGGCCAAGAACCUGCCCUGCCCUCCCGGGGCAACCAUGAGGCCCGUGCCAGCCUGAAACUCACCCUCUCGAGUAUCUGUGACAGGCUCUUACUGCCCCCACCCCAGCUAGAACCUUCUGCCAUGUGUGUCUGGUCCCAGGAACCUGUGGCCAUCCAGCCCAAUGUCAUGGUCACAACGGCCAGCUUCUCGGCCCCCAGCCCUGUGAAUGUGAGCGCCUCAAGUCUCCAUAACUCCACCUUUCUCCCAAGGUUUCUGGCCCCUGAACCCCUCAAUAUCCCUGCCCACCCCAACAGCCCCCCGCUUCCAGAGGCCAGGCCCGGGGUCCCUGGCAACAUCACCUCCCUCCUGGAGUCUGCUCCUGAUGCUCUCAGUCCGGUCCAUCGCUGCCCUGGACACUGCGGGCAACCCAGGGUGCCAGCCAGGGUCCCGCCCCCAGGUCCCCUUGAGCUAAGCAAUGUGGGGAGCAUUGUGCACAGGCUGCAGACUGCCUUCCAAGAGGCCUUAGACCUGUACCACAUGAUGGUCUCCAGGGACGAGGUGAGCGCCGAGCAGCAGCAGGCACAGACUGAGCUGGCCUCCACUUUCCUUUGGAUCCACAGCCAACUAGAGGCCAACGACUGGCUGGUGGGGACUGAAGGGGCCCCAGCCCAGGCCCUGCCCAGCCCAGGUCCCCCUUCCCCACCUACUUUGUGCCCCUUGGCCAGCCCAGAUUUGCAUGCCCUGCUGGAACACUACUCAGAGCUGCUGGUGCAGGCUGUGCGGAGGAAGGCAAAGCGGGACUGAGGGUUGGCAGCCCCUCCACCCCAGCCCUGUGCUUCAGAAGAAAUAGGUAUUUUAAGCAAAUAAACUGACAGCUUGGGGGA